AUGACAAAAUCAGUCUGGAAGCUGAAAACUCAACCAGCAUCAUUUCCCAAACUCAUUGUGUUUGAUCUCGAUUAUACGUUAUGGCCAACUUGGAUCGAUUGCACUAAUGGACCACCUUAUGUCUAUGAGGAAGGAUCGAACUGCAUUGUUAAUCCCUGCGGAGAGUCUUUAGGUUUAUUUCCUCAUUCUGCAGCCAUCAUUGCUCUAAUCAAAUCAUUUCCAGAUACCAAAAUUGGAAUUGCUUCAAGAACACAGACACCCAAUUGGGCCAUGAAGGCGUUAGGAUUACUGCGGAUUCCUGAGCUUGGUCACACAACGCUGUUUGAAAACAUUGAUUAUUUUGAGAUCUAUCCUGGUAGUAAAUUGAAACAUUUUAAAAGUCUAGCAGAGAAAUCAGGCAUCGAUUGCCAUGAAAUGAUAUUUUUUGAUGAUGAACAUCGAAAUCGAGAGGUGACCAAAUUAGGUGUGCAUUUCUAUAAAGUCAAUACCCAAACAGGCAUAACUCCGUUUCAAUUUGAAAAUGCAUUGCAAGAUUAUGCUACAAAUUCUGGUGUAAGGCAAUCAUCUGUCAAGGACUUUUUCAAACCAAAGGGAUAA